GUUCGCCACCCCCUACCCCGCGAUCCAAGCGCGUCUUCCUGCACGUCACAUGGAGGUCCUCAUGGCUGUCGAGAAUGGCGGUAGCCAGGAACUUUGCAGGCGAGUCCACCAGUCCAUGGGAAUCAUCCAUCAAACUCUCGCAAUGUACAGGCUCCAAGAGGUGGCCUUCAGCUUCAACGGAGGGAAGGAUUCCACGGUCAUACUGCAUCUCCUACGCGCGGCACUCGCACAGAAGUCGCAAGUGCUGCCGCGCUCGUCGUCGUCGCCCGGCCUGGAGCUGCAGCCUGUCUCGCAACGCCCGCUGGGCAAGAGUCUGUCCAAGGUCGCGUCGUUCGGCAUCUCGCAGCGCCAACCCGAGUGCGGUGCCGACGGGCUAUGCGCCAUCUACUUCCGCGACCGCGAGGCCUUCCCCGAGAUCGACUCCUUCACCAUCGCCAUGGCGCGCAAGUACAAGCUGGACCUGGUGGAGACGGGCGACGCCUUCAAGCACGGGCUCGCGGCGCUGCAGCAGCAGCGGCCCGUCAAGGCCAUCUUCCUGGGCGUGCGCAGCAUCGACCCCAACGGAAAGGGUCAGGAGGUGUUUGCGGCGAGCUCGCCCGGGUGGCCGGCGUUCAUGCGCGUGAACGUGAUCCUCGACUGGACGUACCGCGACGUGUGGGAGUUCCUGCUGCUCACGCGCGUGCCCUACUGCUGCCUCUACGACCAGGGGUACACGUCCAUAGGAGGCGUCCACGACACGCUUCCCAACGACGCGCUCCAUGUCACCGACACCACGCGCUGGAUGGCCUCUGCCUCGCACCCGCCCGCCCUCUGCCCCUCGCUCUGGCUGCUCGCCUGCCGCCAGAUGUCCCUCACCCGCACCUGCACCUGCUGCUGCUGCUCCCAAGCCCCGCCUGCCCAAGCACCCCUCUCCGCCCCUGCCCAGUCCUCUGAGGUGGCUACGGUGCUGCGCACGGCCCGGGGGAGGGGAACGCACCUGCCGGCCUACUUCCUUGUGCACGAGGAGCUUGAGAGGGUCGGGCGGGGGAGGAGGGAUGAGGGUGCGAGAGGGACGCAAAAAAACGUGGGAAACAAGGUGGGGGAGGAGGACACAGCGCGAGGCAGUGAGGUCCCCUUGGGCGACGCGUGUGCGGUGGAGAAGGCAGAGGCGCCUGGGGAUGGAGCGACAGGUGCUGGUCGCACGGGAGUGGCAUGGGGGCACUGGUGGUGGCGUGAUGCAGUGGCACUCAGUGUUGGUGCACUCACUGAUGCGCCUGCCAACAACCACUAUGCAACUCAUCCUCUCACGCUCCUGCUGCACUGCUAUGGCUUGUCACUGCACAGCUCUCACAGGGUGUGUUGGAUGCUUCUAUCUGCAGCAGUGGGCCCUCAUGAAGGUGUUGCUGAUGCCGCACACUGCAAUUUUCCGUGUGUCGCCUGCAUGCCACACGGGCUGUCAGCAUGCAGGGGCACAAACUCCUGGUGUUGUGGGGCCAUGCAGCAGGUUCACUUGGGAAGCACAGAGCUGACCUACAAUGCUUCCUGUUCUCCUACCUCGCCACAAGUGGGUGCCAGAGGAUCAGCAGGCUGACCCCAAUGAAAUUUUGCUUGCUUUGCUGUAUGUUUAUGUAUAUAUAUGAUAAUAUAGUGCACUCGUCAGC